AUGCAGACCUGGAGGAGAUAUCAAGAAUGGCGCAUUUUCUUUCUGAUCAUCCUGGCGAAUGGUGCACUGUGCGAUGUUCCAUGUGGAAAAAGCAACAUCACCCUCAGCAACUCAACGCAGACUUCAGAAACACUGACUUUGCCUUAUUACCCAAUCAACUAUCCCGACACUGCCCGGUGCAUUUGGUUCAUCACAGUUGAUGAAGGCUCCAAGAUAGCCUUCCGUUUCUCCGUGUUCAAUACGUUCCGAACACGGUACAUGUUGACCAUUGGCAACGGCCACGAGUCCUCCGAUAGUGACUCUGUUAUUGGUCGUUUUAGAGGUUUCCUGAAGAGUCUAGCCGUCGUUUCCAAUAACCACACGGCAUGGAUGGAGCUUACCCACGUAUUUGUUCUAACCAUGAUCGAAUUCGAGGUAAAGAUCACACAAGAAAGUUCUGAAGGUUCUUGUGGACAGGAUGAAUUUGCAUGCCAGGAUGUAUCCUCUGGCUUGAUUUGUUUGGCACUUGACGACACCUGUGAUGGUGAUUACUAUGCACAUUGUCCAGAUAGAUCAGAUGAAUCUAACUGCCCUCCAUGCGGAAAAAGCAACAUCACUCUCAGCAACUCAACACAGACUUCAGAAACACUGACUUCGCCUCAUUACCUAAACAACUUCCCCAUCAAUGCCUGGUGCAUUUGGUACAUCACAGUUGAUGAAGGCUCCACGAUAGCCUUCCGUUUCUCCGUGUUCAAUACGCAGCGAGGACGGGACACGUUGACCAUUGGCAACGGCCACGAGUCCUCCGAUAGUGACUCUGCUAUUGGUCGUUUUAGUGGUUUCCUGACGAGUCUAGCCGUCGUUUCCAAUAACCACACGGCAUGGAUGAAGUUUACCCGCGCUUUUGUUCGAAAAAAGAUCGAAUUCGAGGUAAAGAUCACACAAGAAAGUUCUGAAGUUCUAUGUGGAAAAAGCAACAUCACUCUCAGCAACUCAACUUCAGAAACACUGACUUCGCCUUAUUACCCAAACAACUAUCCCAUCAAUGCCCGGUGCAUUUGGUACAUCACAGUUGAUGAAGGCUCCAAGAUAGCCUUCCGUUUCUCCGAGUUCAAUACGUUCCGAACAAGGGACACGUUGACCAUUGGCAACGGCCACGAGUCCUCCGAUAGUGACUCUGUUAUUGGUCUUUUUAGCGGUUCCCUGACGAGUCUAGCCGUCGUUUCCAAUAACCACACGGCAUGGAUGGAGUUUACUAGCGAUUUUUUGGUAACCAAGAUCGGAUUCCAGGUAGCGAUUACUCAAGAAAGCUAUGAAGGUAAGUAG